CUGCGCUCUGAGCCAGCCUAGGCGCAGAGCAUCCUCGCAUUAGCAUUGAAAGAGUGUAAGGGACCUCUCAGAUCGUCGCUGAUUCUUUCGUUUUCCUCCUUCAUCAGAGCAUCUCGGAUCUCACCUAUUUACAGCCUGAUCCUCUCCAGCAUUCCUCAUCUGGAGCUCCAUCUCCUUCGCAUCUAGGAAUCAUAGACUACAUUCACCAUGUCGGUCCCAUACAAGAUUGAGGCCAGCGAGGAGCUGCUCGUCGCUGGCGGCGGUGGCGGCAGCCGCGCAAGCGACAGAAUCCCAUUCAUGGCACGUCCAUUCGUGUCAGAGCGGGCCAAGAAGACAUUGGACUUGGUCGAGAAGUUCGUCGAAGAAGAAUGUAUCCCCGCAGACACCGUAUACGCACAGCAGGUCGGCCAAGGCGUGCAAGAACGAUUCAGCUCGCAUCCACAGGUGAUCGAGGACUUGAAGAAGCGAGCAAAGUCGUUGGGAUUGUGGAACAUGUUCUUGCCCAAGAACCACUUUAAAGAGGGAGCUGGCUUCAGCAACUUGGAAUAUGGCCUCAUGGCAGAAUACUUGGGCAGGAGUGCCACUGCCUCUGAGGCAUGCAACUGCUCUGCUCCAGACACUGGCAACAUGGAAGUGUUCGCCAAGUACGGCACACAGGCGCAGAAGGACCGAUGGCUCAAGCCAUUGCUCGACGGCAAGAUUCGCAGCGGUUUCUUGAUGACUGAGCCAGAUGUUGCUUCGUCCGACGCUACGAACAUUGAGCUCAACAUGCGAAAGGAGGGCAACGAGUAUGUGCUCAAUGGCCAGAAGUGGUGGUCGUCCGGAGCCGGUGACAAGCGAUGCGAGGUCUUCAUUGUCAUGGGCAAGUCAGAUCCAAACAACCCAAGCCCGUACAAGCAGCAGUCCGUCAUCAUCGUGCCAUUCGAUACCCCCGGCAUCACCAUCCACCGCAUGCUGGGUGUCUUUGGCUACGAUGACGCACCACACGGACACGGCCACAUCUCCUUUGAAAACGUGCGAGUGCCAGCCGAGAACAUGGUGCUGGGUCCUGGCCGCGGUUUCGAGGUCAUUCAAGGACGUCUUGGUCCAGGCCGUAUCCACCACGCUAUGCGAAGCAUCGGUGCUGCCGAGAAGGCUCUGGAGUACAUGAUCGCCCGCAUGAACGACCCUCGCAAGACACCAUUCGGCAAGCAACUUGCAGAGCACGGUGUCAUGCUCUCGCGUGUCGCCGAUGCUCGCGUGAAGAUCGACUCCGCUAGGCUUCUGGUCUGUGAGGCUGCCAUCAAGAUUGACAGCAAGGAUGCCAAAUUUGCCCUCAAGGAGAUCGCCGAGGCAAAGAUCCUCGUUCCAAGAAUCCUCCUCGAGAUCAUCGAUGACGCUAUUCAAGCCUAUGGAGGUGCUGGUGUUUCCCAAGAAACUCCUCUCGCAAACAUGUAUGCUUCAGGUCGAACAAUGAGAAUCGUCGAUGGUCCAGAUGAGGUGCACAUGCUGCAAAUGGGCAGAAACGAGAACAAGAGGGGUAAGGCAUGCCUUGAGAAGAUUGAGUGGCAGAAGAAGAAGGCGGCGGAGAUGUGCAAGGCUUACGGUAUGGAGAAGAGGGAUAUCCUCCAGUUGGAUCGCCAAGUGGCCAAGCAGUCAAAAUUGUAGAAUGAUUAGAUUAUAUGUAUAAGCGAACGUUCGACAGCAGUUCUCUAAAG